ACCAUGGCAGGGUGAGAGACGAUGUGUGGUGAUCACUGGUGGUUGUUGAGUGUUGUCCUCUCCACACCGCCGUGUCCUCAUAGCGUCUGCGGGGGGGCGGGAAGGGGGAAACAGCGCCUCCCGGCGGUCGCUGAUGGAACCUGCAGAACAAGGUUUUCAGAGCGGCCCCACAGCGGCCCCUGGUGGAGUCAAUAUUCCUCCGGGCUCCCACCUCCACCUCCCACCUACCCACCUCUCCCUCCUGGUGGUCCACAUAACCCGUAUCUCCCAGCAACGUCAGACACAGCGCUGAAGAUGUCCUGGACAUACGCGACCCUCCUGGCUCUCCUCACUGUGCUUCUGGCACUUUGCUGGUCUCCAGAGGCCGAGUCUGCAGCUGUGCACAGCAGCACAGGCAUCGCUAAAGAGCCACAAGGGCCGCUGAAGGAGAUCUUCAUGAAGGAGGAAGACGCCUCAAACUUCUUCAGGAGACGCAGCAGACGGGGGGCGAAGUCUCAGGAUGAGAUUAACGCGGAGCAGAGGCAGAUUCUGGCUGCAGAUGAGCGGAAGAGAGAGUUUCACGAGCAGAAGAGGAACGAAUUUGAGAGCUACGCUGAAGAGGAGAAUGACGAACAAGACGAGAGGACCAGAGAGAGCACCGAGCAGUGGAGGGAGUUUCACUACGACGGGAUGCAUCCUCCUCACGAGUAAAACAGUCAGUGCGUCUGAGGCCGAGGGCAGCGAGGGAGGAGGUGAAGCUUUAAUGAGACCUCCAGCUACGCGAUGAGGCCUUUCUCUUCGGACAGGAAUAUAGUAAUAUCCAAAAACCUACGCUAUUGCAAUUUCUAGCAUUGUCCAACUAACAGACAAUAAAACAUGAUAUUUACUUUUAUAUAAGUGGACAGAGAAAAAUGUGAAAAACUGAAGGGUUUGCUUAAAAAAUAUAUGAAGUUCACAGAAAAACAAAUGGACAGCAUCCUCUCCAGAGUAAAUAACAAAUUGUUAUUCAAGCCCUAUAAUCCAAAUAGACUUGUUCCAGAUCUGUCAACAGAUGUUUCUAACAGCUGCGUUCUCUUAAACCCUUCACAGGAGUAACGCAUCCCUUUCUGCAGCAGACAUUCCAUCGCUUCAAAAUCGUGUUUAGAAACAAAUUCGGAAAACUAUGAAGGAGGGCUUGGGUUGGAUAGAUGUGCAAUGAUUUUUAUGCCUCCAGAAGUGUGAAUAUACCUCUUUAACCAUACAGCUUGUACUAUACAUUGACUCACCUGUGAUGAAAUGAAGUCUCUUAACAAUCAUUUAAAAAUCUGUAUUUUUAUUGUAAUAAAUAUGUACAAACUGAAA